AGUGCACUCUUAUUGGUGCCGCAAUGCUCGAAUGACGGCUUAAUUGACAUUUACUUGUCCGUUUACUUGUUGGUGAGACAAGUGUAUUCUAUGUUUGGAGAUCGUCAGGUGUCUGUCAUUAGUCCAGCCACUCGGGAUAAGGAGGUCUUCAGAUGGAUCCCUUGCAGGGUACUUUAAUUUUCCAUUCAUAUCAUGAGUUAUCUUAAUCCGAUUCCAAUAUAUUUCCUUAUCUAGCCUGGGGAAGUCAAAGAUGAGAACUCGGAAAUUGUUGACGUUAUUAGUUGGGUAGUCUCUGAUGUCAGAGAAAUGUCCGAAAAUCCAACAUUAGUUGAGCUUCUCAAAGAAACGGACAGGAGUUCAUAUGACGAUGUAUCGAAACUUUGUGAUGUGUACAAUAAAGCUAUCAUAGACCUUUGGGACAUGUGGAUUGAGGAAAAUACUGUUCCUGAAUUUUUUAACCGAAAGGCUUCCCGUGAUCAUGUUCAGUUCAUUCUUCUUCAAUGUUACAAUCGAGCUGUAUCAGAUCCAGAAAAGCUGAAUCAGUAUCCACCUUUUUCGCCUCAAGUGUAUGGGGAGACAUCUUUUGAACUUAUUUCACAGAUGAUUGACACAAUCGCAGUCACUAGUGACGACGUAUUUAUCGAUCUUGGGAGUGGUGUUGGUCAGGUUGUCCUUCAAGUAUGUGCAUCUACUGAUGCGAAAUUUUGUUACGGGAUUGAAAAAGCUGAAUAUCCCGCCCAUUGUGCCUCGCGUCUUGACUCAGCUUUCCGUCACUGGAUGAGUUUUUACGGAAAAUCUUAUCGACCCUACACGGUAACUAAAUUUUAUGCAUGGUGUUUUGCUUUAAUCUCCCCAAAAAUUCUUAAAAAAACUUCCCUUGAAAAUCUAUGACAUUAUCAAUGUUUUCAAUUGCUUCAUUACCUCAAUUGAAGACCAGAAAAGUGGUUUUUGACCUUGUGCACACAGGGUAAUACACGUUGUUCUUACGCGUUUAUUUUGUUAUCUUGUUCUCAGUUGGAACGCGGGGAUUUUCUAUCAGCGGAGUAUCAGGAGAAAAUAACAAAUGCUGGCAUCCUUUUUGCAAACAACUUUGCCUUUGGUCCAGAGGUGGAUCACCAACUAAAGCAAAGGUUUGCUAACCUUAAAGAAGGUGCUCGGAUAAUUUCUUCAAAGGCUUUCUGUCCUUUGAAUUUCCGAAUCACUGAUAGGAAUCUCGGAGGUAUGGUUUAUUUUGUGGUUUUUUCACACAUUCUGUGGGAUUUUCGGAUGAUUUUUAUUGUAUACUGGUAAACAUUACUUAUAGACUAGUCUGUAACGUCAUACUCUCGAAAUGGUUUAGUUUAUACGAAAAGUAAAUCCUAAUUAAGGGGGACAUGUCCAUAAUUUUUAAUAUGUCUCUGGUUCAAAUAGCCGAUAUAGGUUUUCGUGAUUUGUUAUUCUUGAUAUUUUCUGCAAGGUUUAUACAGCAUAAAAGACUCGUCAUGUUUUUCUUAAGCUAACCAUUUCUACUUACCCUAAGGAUGAAAUUCUUUUGUUUGUAGUGGGUUAUAGUUGUUUACAAGUUAGUAAUGUAUUUAUCAACAUUAAAAUCAGAUAUACUAUUGGCGGAAAAACAGCUUUAUGGUAUUACUGUAUAAAAUAGGAUGUAGAUUUUUCAUUGGAGACGCUGUGUAAACUGAUAUAUAUAUACUGUCGACUUGUCUCAAUUAGAUGAUUUCAAAUGCAUGUGCCUAUCUAAAUUUUUAAUAGCUUCAAGUGAUUCAAUUAUGUGACUUCAUUGUCAUCAGUGAAGUAAAUAUAGGGAAAAUCGAAGCUGAAAAAUAUGAUGGUCUAGAUGAAAAAAAGGAGCAGACGACAUCGAAUGGGUCAGCUACAGCAUUGGUAGAUAGUUUUCAAUGAACGGUGUUACAUUUAUUCUCGAAUGCUUAGCGAAACACCUAGAUAUACAUUUUUUUGUCGAAGUGUUUCAGAAAUACGUGGAAAUAAUAUGGGGUGUUAAGAGUGCUAAGACUAGUCCUGAUCUCUAGAACAUAUAAUCAUAACCCGUCUUUAUGGAUUCGCAUCCGUAAGUCAAUCUUUUCGUUUUCCACAUAAAACUCAUUUAGUUAAUCAUAAGCAAAAUAGAGCUUCACACUAGACUAAUCGACUAAUUUAUAUAAUAUCAAUCUAUGUGGUGUAUUAAUUGUUGAAUUAUAGACUAUUAGUUAUCUUUACCGGUUUCGAGAAAUGGUUUAUUCGCUUAACUGUUUAAACUACUUACUUAACUUGGACGUUAUUCAAGUUCAGCUUCUUGUUCUUUGCAUCGAGCUACACUUUAGAUGUGAAAGCUAUUAAUAAUGAUAUCACGUGGUUGCUCCAAGGAAAGUAGGUGAAAAUUUCAAAUACGAAGGUCUCUUAAUGAUCGUUUGUUAUACUACCUCCAAAGUUACACCUCAAAGUUCUGUCUUUAAGAUAACACCACUGUGGUAUAUCCAAAUAGAUUUCAUACUCAACCACUGAGAUAUAUUUGGAUGCUGUUUCUGUUUAUAGGCAUUUUAUAUUCUGAUUUCUAAAGCUUACGGUCUAAUCUUGGCUUUUCUUAAGAGUGAUCUUUCCGAAACUGCAGCGUACGUGAGCCUUAGGUAAACGAUUUAGACAGUUUCUAGCUGUUGACCUAUAUUAUAUAGGGUUAUUGCUUGACAUUAGCCAGUCACAUGGAUAUCUCAUUGCUUUGUAUUUGAACUUGUGUAUAUCUAUGGCGUCUUCCUUUUCGAAAUUCCAUUUAUGGUAGCAUGUUUUCCCAAGUUCAUUACUUUUGAUCAUACUCGAAGUUAAAAAACCAAUAUAUAUAUAUGAUUUUACUAGAUAUUGGAUCGAUCAUGCGUGUGAGCUGUUUAAACCCAAUCCAAGAUGCAGUUUCAUGGACUGAUAAACCAUUUAGUUAUUAUGUUCAUACAAUUGAUCGUUCGUUGUUAGAACAAUACUUUGCUCGUUUGAAAAAUCCGAAAUCUAAAAACGAAAAUCAAAUCGUUCGUCGUGAUCGUAAGGGUCGUGUAAUUUCUGAGGCGACUAUGCAAGAAAGUUCAAUUCAGUUAACACUAAAUGCUACCGAUAACAAUCAACAUAACACAAACGGUAAUGUCAGUCAUAAAGCUAAACGGUCAUCAACUAUCAUAAAACAUUGUUCGAGUACUUCCCGAUUCUUACCAAGAAGAUCAGCAUCUCUACUUGAAGUAACCGCUAGUUCUCCUUCAGAGUUGAUCUCUGUUGAAGGAAGAAAGCUGAGUUUACAAAGUUGUUUAUCAAAAAAUGAAACUAUUAGUUGCCAAAUCACUACUGGAUCCACGGCUGUGCAUAGAAUGGAAAAGUGUGAAUCACAACAUUUACAGUCAGAACUUAAGCGUUCUCAUGUUCACCAUAAAGACAAUCAGUCAUCUGUUGAUAUUUUCACAGUAUCUAAUGAUACUAGUAAUACAGAUCUAGUUGAAUCUCAUGUUGAUACACAGCUAGCAUAUAAUGAUAAUGAAGACGGAAAACAGUUUUGUAAAGUUAUUCGUCAUUUGUUAGAUGAUCCUUGCGAAACUCACUCAUUACCUAAGUCAGAUAAUAUCAAACAGAGUGUACGUUGUAAAAGAAAAACAAUUACAAAUGAUAAAAAGUUAACACUUAAUUAUCCAAUUAUUGAUGAUUAUCCAAGUUUACAUUCAUCAUCAUCUCACGAUCAACACGAUAGUCGAAAUUCUUCGUCAUCACCGUAUGUUUCUUCAUUAUCAUCGGCUAAUCGAUCUCCGAAUUCUCAAAUCGAUGAAAUCACUCCUUCUUUGAACAGCUUGACAAAAUAUUCUGAUCUGGGAUUAAAAUCAGUUCAAUCGCCUGAUCUUUCUAUUGUCCCAGAAGAUAAACUAAUUAAGGAUCAACAUGAGGAUUCUUAUCAUAUACGUAUUAAAUUCAAAAUAUCUAAUUCAUCAAAUAGUCAAAACCAUCCAGUUAGUGUUAAAAUCAAACCUCCAUAUAAUUGUGAUAACAUGCCCAACAGAUUAAAUAGUCUUGAAAACUCCAAUGAUAGAUGCGAUACAAAUGUCAUGAAUGAGGAUCAUCCUAAUAACGUUGCUAAUCGUCGUAUAGUUCGUAAAUGUCGACAGAGGUUAAGUGAUGAUUCGUCAUCAUUAAAUGAUACAAAUUUUGAAAAUUCAAACAAUCAAACAGCAGUCUUGCGAAAACGAAUGCAAAAACACUUUAUGAAUUCGGUAAACCGUAAUAAAUCCCCGUCAGUUCAUUCUAAUUCUUGCAAAACAAAUAACAACAAUAAUAAAUUAAAGCAUACACGUAGAUAUUCACGUGACAAAGUAAGUCACAAUAUGAAUGUUUUACAUGAUUACACUGUAACACAUGUGCAAUCCCAACUAACACCAACUCAGUUUGGAUUAAACGACAAAAGAUUUCCUACAUACACAUGUCAUUACCAACCUGUGGACGUGUAUACAGAAAGCAAUACAACCCAACUGAGUGACUCAAACUUGUCUGAUCCUCAUACAGGAUAUAAUAAAUCACCGGUACCGUUCGCACUUACACAGUAUUUGGAAUUGACUAAACAAGCAUUUAUGGAUCAUUUCGCCAUGCUACAUUCCCCGGCCUACGCAUCAACAAUUCAAUCAGAACUUGAACGUGAACACAAUCGGCAAGCUGAGUUAUUAAAACACACAAAAUUUCUGGAGCAGUCUAUUGCGAAAUUGCAUUCAGAUGGGACAGAUUUAUUAAAUCGGUUCACAAAACGCCUAGGCAUACUAAUCACCACACCGGCUGCAUUUUUUUCUCAAGCUCGAAGGUUGAUCAAACAGCAUCAUGUUUUAGAGGAGAAGAUUGCUGAAUUUCGAAGGCAGAUAUCGCUACUAUCAUCUGCCAAUCAAGAAUUAGUGAGACGUCACCAUAUUGAGGCCGCACGUCUUUUAGCCACUGCAACAGCGAAUAAAUCAGAUAAUUCACUUCAAAAUCAACAUCCUACAUUGAAUAAGUUAAUCUGUUCUGGAAUUGAAACUAAAGUAACUGAAAUAAAUAAAAAUGGAUUUCAUUAUAAUUCUGACAAUAUGAUACCAACUUCCACUUGUUCUGAAUUAAAUUAUCAAAAUGCUGUUUCCUUGAACUCAGUGGUGAUACCACCACCGCCAUCGUUAACUAAACUUUCUCAUAAUACACUAACCUGUAACAAAUUCGAAAUCCCUUCAAUUGCCGGUUCAGAUAAUUUAGUAUCUGCUCAUGAGAUGAAUCAACAGCAUUCACUGAAUCCCAUAAAAUCUUCAGAUGUCAAACUUAGUACAUCAAGCGGUGCACCUUCAAUUUUGCAUAAUAAUACUGAUUUCCAUAAAUUUGCACCGGUAUUAAUAAAAACUGUGAAUACAAGUAAUCAUUCUGUAGUUCCGUUUCACACUCACAAUAAUAAAGCGGAUUGCGACCAUAAAGUUAUCACUCGUAAUAGUAAUAAUCAUAAUAAUAACAGUAAUAAUAUCAUUAAUAACGGCACUAAUCAUAGAAUUGACAAACACAUGAAUAUACCUCCUCCACCACCUUUACUCCCUAUGCACAUUCAUUCGGAUGUUUAUGUAGAUGGUGUAUUAUCAUCUGCUAAUUCUCUAUUCGAUUUCAACAAACAUAAUUAUUGUAAUAAUAAUACUACUAAUAAUAAUAUUCCUUCAUUACUCCCAGAACUGAAUAGUUCAUUUAUUACAUGUAGAACCGAUUAUGAUGUGUCACUUAUUCAAUCAAAUUAUCGUUAUCAUACCAAAUCAAUGCAUGCUUCUCUCCAAGAUUUAAUUUUAGAUGAGUUCUCGCGUGAAACACCAUGUAUUUCAGUGAGUAAUAGUUGUGCGAUUGCUAAAACUAAUAAAAACAGAAACGUUUACAGUAUAUCAGAUUCUUCAUAUAGUUAUCAGUACGAGAAUAAUCCAAAUCCCAUUUUUCAACAUCACAACCACCACAAUCAUCAUCAUAAAAGUCUUCACCCUAAUUACAUAGAUUACAGUCACCAAUUGAAUUUACCACCACGUAAACGACACUGGGAUUCAUCCAACUAUAAUUCUACUACUACUACUACUACUAAUAAUAAUAAUAAUAAUGAUAGUAAUAACAAUUAUUAUUAUUAUAGUGAAGAGUGUGAACCCCCCAAAUUGUCUCGUGAAUGUAAGAGUACAGACAUGGAGACCUCGUUGUAGCUACCGCUAAUACUGCAUAUAAUACUAACAGUUUUAACUUUUCUUAAGUAUUCAAAUGUAGAUUCGAUGUCCAUCGUCACUUUUAUUGGUUUCAAAUUAUAUUUUCACCACACUCUUUCCUUUCAUUAUUCUGUCUACUCAAAGCUGCCAAAAUUGUUUACUUGCUUUGAAACUGUGUAUUUUCUUUUUGGAAUUACUUGUUUUCUCUUCUACACUUUUGAUAAGGAAACAAAGUUACCGCAAUAACUGUUAAACUUAUUGUGCAUUGUCAUCAGUCAGUGAUUAUCUAAUCUAAUUUCAUACAUGAAUAACGCAUAUCUAUAUUUAUGUAUAUAUUUGCGUCUAUGGUUCUUUUACGCACACUUUUCAUAUGAUCAGAAAUGAAAUUCCCUAACAUUUGUUUUGUUGCAUACUUAUUUUUAAGAAAUCAUAUAAUACAUACGUUUUUUUGAAAAUCUUAAGCAAUUAUAUUUCUUUAGAUAUAUUAAGAAUUAAACUGUCCAUGCAUUGUUCACCAUAAUUGAUUCUUUAUAAUGAAAUGUUUCAAAGAAUAUGUUUGUAUGUACUUACGUAAAUAUAGCAGAUAAUCACACUGCUGUUAUCAUAACUAUACACAUUUCUGUUUUAAAUGUGUCUUUCUCAUAUCAUUACUGUUUUAAAUUUCCAUUUCAUGAAUGUGAUCGCAAGUAAAAGGAUGUUUCAGAAUGUUCAAUACAAACGUCUACAGUGUAUAGGUUGAUUGAUUGAGUGAACAUAAAUUACCAGGUUAUUUAUUAUAUUACUUUUUUUAUCUUCUAGAAUUUUUUCGAGAUUGUUAUAAGUUAUUUACUUUUCACUGAGAUAUAUUGUUUUUGCAUCUAGAUGAUACAUUUAAUGGUAGUUAUUGUUAUCUUGAUAUCUACACAGCUUAAAAAGUGUUCCUAUUGUUGUCCAUGAUAGGGAUGACCAAGGAGAUAUUCAACUUCUCAUCCAGGUUCACUAGCUCAUAUUUCUUACUACUAAUUUUUGUGUAUCAAAUAGGUUUAUCGUUGCGUGUAUUUCAAUUGCUUUGUAAAUAAGGUGUUAAGAACGGCCUUGUGAGAUUUUGUUACAAAAUAGCACUUUUAAAUUUUCAUCUUAGUAGAUAUUUCUGUAGUGAUUAUGUCUGUUGGUAUUAUUAUUAUAAUGAUGUCUAUUUGAUAUUCAAACUUUUGUAAGUUCUUGUUCUCUGCGAGUUUUUAUAUUAUCAAUGGACUAAAAGUUGAUGGGAUCAUAUGCAUGCCUGAUUUUACUCAUCAUUGAGACUGGUUCCUAUUCCUUUCGAAAUGAACGGAUACACAUUGUUUUCUGCAUCUUCAGUUUGUAAUAGACAAAAUUAGGCUUCAGUUUCCUAGCAAUUUGUACUACUACUACUUUUUAUUAUCAUCCAAUUGUGAGUAUUGAAAUUUUAUUAUGUAUUUCAAUUACGCUGAUGAACUUUAAUAGGUGCUUUCUUGUCUUACUGCCAUGUUCUUAAUAUUUUGAAGAAGGAAAUAUAAAAGCGGUUUUGUAUUUUGGUGUCUAUCUUUCUGGUUUUGCCCAUUUUCGAGUCGUCUUACUGUUGUCCUCGUUUGUGUUAUUGUAUUUCCUUCAAUAAGAACUCAUACUGUAGUGAACAAAAACACGGGUGGGGACAAUCGAAUGUAUCUGAGCAUAAAAUACAGUAAACAAAUUUACUUAGUAUUGUUUGUUUGGAUCUUCCCAUUGAUGUUUUUAGGUACAGUAAACAGCUAAUUUGCAAACUAUCAAUCAAUUGUCUCAAUCUUGAUUGUUCCUUCUGCAAAUAUCAGUUCAUGGUCUCUGAUUUCACUGUUCAUGCAUUUUCAUACCAAUCGCGUUCCGUUCCCGUACAUUCAGCGCACGACCUUUACCAUAUACUACUUAUGUGGAUAUAAG